GUGAAUUGGAAUUGCCGCUUCCACUGAACAUGAGGCGGUGCUACUUCCAAGUGAAGGAUACACCCGUAGCCUAACAACAAAGCAGGUUGGCUGAUUGCCAAUAAUGCUGUUCGGGGAUUUUUUACACAAAAACGUCAGUAGUGUCUGCUUUUCAAAGUGAUGUAAAAAGUAGUUGGAACGUUACAUCGCAGGGCUUGGUGGCUGUGAUAUGUUUCCAGCGGUUUAGUGAUUUUAGAGCGACAACCUAGGCGAAAGCGGCGCACAAACCACACCUGUGACAGGAGCAUACCGUCCAACUUUCCAAACGCGCGAAAUACGGACAAAAAUGCCGGUUCGGCGGGGACACGUGGCUCCUCAGAACACUUUUCUGGAUACAAUCAUCAGAAAAUUCGAAGAACAGAAUCGCAAGUUCAUCAUCGCAAAUGCUCGUGUGGAAAACUGUGCCAUCAUCUUCUGCAACAACGCCUUCUGUGGUAUGUGCGGGUACACACGCGCUGAGGUCAUGCAGAAGCCGUGUACCUGCAGCUUCCUGUAUGGACCGCACACCAAGAGGCCUGCCGUGGCCCAGAUGUCCAAGGCUCUGCUGGGCUCCAAGGAGAGGAAGGUGGAUAUCUCCCUCUACACCAAAGAUGACUAAUUUGCGUCACGCACACCGGCACUUCAACAAGAAAACAGCGCGGAGCUUCAAACAUCAGGUAGGUUAAAUUAUAUUAUUCUCUUAUUUUUAUUGACCAAUUUUAAUGGUAUCCAGUUGGUAGUUUCAGUCUUGUCUCAUCGCUACAACUCCUGUACAAGAGAGGCAAAGGUCGUGCGUCCUCCGAAACACAACCCAACCAAGCCUCACUGCUUCUUGACACAAUGCCCACUUAACCCAGAAGUACCAACGUGUCAGGAAACACCGUACACACAGUGGGACAGCUAGCACUGCGAUGCAGUGUCUUGCGCCACUUGGGAGGUCAUAUGAUUAUUCUCUUUGAUCGUUAUUCUAAUAUAUUUCACAUUUCCAGACCAUGUACAGUACCUCUAAAAUAGACAGCUUUAUACACGGUAGAAACAUGGUUAACAAGUUCCAUUGUUUUAGUUACUGGCGUGCACAAACAACACUUGACUUUGGAACCUUAUGUCAAAGUAUUGU